ACCAAAGUUGCUUCAAACGGACUUUGACAUGAGGAGGAGCUUGAACAUCAGAUAUUUAAAGGAGAGUUUGUAUCGAGAAAACAAACGGUGAGUUACAGGCUUGUUCUCCAAAGCUUGUCUGGACAUUCAGAAGUUUAUAUUUUAUACAAAUGGAGUAAAGAAUUCUUUCUUCUUUUUUUAAAGAAACGAACAGAUUUCUGCUGUGAUUUACAGAGGGAAGAUUGAGAAGAUGGCAAUGUUGUUGUUGGCGGCUCUCAUCCCUGUUUUACUGGGCUGUGAGUGUGAUCGUGAUGUAGACAAGCUGGUCGACUGUUCUGACAUCUAUAAAUCAGGACAAAACCUCAGUGGGAUUUACUCCAUCUAUCCAGCAGGUGACUUUCCUGUCUGGGUUUACUGUGACAUGAUCUCAGGUGGGAAAGAUGAAGAUAAAGGAGGAUGGACGGUGAUUCAGAGGAGAAUGGACGGCAGUGUGAAUUUCUAUCGGCCGUGGAAUCAGUACAAGAGAGGAUUUGGGAAAGUGGAGAGUGAAUACUGGCUGGGGCUGGAGAACAUGUACCAGCUGACACGUAACAGGAAGUACGUGCUGAGAGUGGAUCUGGAGGACUUUGAAGGAAGGAAAGGUUUUGCUCUGUACUCGUCCUUCUCUGUGGAUUGUGAAUGUGUCGGAUAUCAGCUGCGUGUUUCAGGAUUCACUGAUGGAGGAGCAGGCGACUCUUUAUCUGUUCAUAAUGAUCAGAAGUUCUCCACCUUUGACAAAGACCAAGACUCCGAUAAGACAAACUGUGCCAAAGUGUAUCUCGGGGCAUUUUGGUACGCAGCCUGUCACUAUACAAACCCCAACGGUGUGUAUUUAUGGGGAGAAGAUCCCACCCAUUACGCCAUUGGUGUUGUUUGGUCAACCUGGAAGAAUUAUGCUGUCAGUAUGAAAUCCAUCAGCAUGAAGAUCAAACGUGUGUCUUAGAAACAUUACAGUGCUUCUGAAGGGGAAACAUUGGACUUUAUCUCAUUUUACAACAUUCCACUGUGUAACUAAGCAAUCAUGAGUUAAUAUCUUUUAAAUGUUUGUUGGCUGUUGGUGUAAUGCAUUAAAACCUUUCUUUGACUUA